AUGCGUCAAUUCGCGAAUGUCUCGAUAUCGCAAUGGGAGAACCCCUACGGCAACUCCCCAACAAACAACGGCCAGCACUUGUACGUCACGGCCAGUGCACCAGCGCCUCCGCCACCACCACCAGAACCAGAACCACUGCCCAUUGUCUAUCGCCGUAUACCGGCUGCCUUCUCCUAUAACCCCCUGGCAGGCCAGACGGCAGGUGAGACCAGCAGUAGUAAUGAUAAUACCCAAGCAGACACAGGGAAUGCCCCGCCUGCACCAGAGCCUUCAGAGCAGCCUGCCACAACACCAGACGCCACUGUAGAGGCACCUCCACAAGGUACAACACCAAGUCCUGCCGGUGACGCCGUGCCAGAAGCCAUACCUACCGACACCACAGCUGAACCUUCAGGAUCAGGAGAGAACCAAGAUGCUUCACCACCACCACCACCACCACCACCUCCACCUGCACCGGUGGAUGUCACUCCUGUCGUGCUGGAAGCAGCGCCACCCCCACCAGCACCGGCACCAGCACCCCCCGUGGAAGCUUUACCCCCUCCACCCCCACCAGCACCCGUGGAACCAGCACCCCAGACAGUAGUAGACGAGGAUGAGAAGAGUGGUGAGUCCGAGCAGGCCGCUCAAGAGCCCCCUGAAUCUCCAACAAAAAAGUUUGUCCACUUUACCUCUGACACCAAAGACCCAGACGCCUCAGAAGACUACAGGAGAAAGAAGUCCAUGGGAUUCAGUAGGGUCAAAGCUACAGCGUUUGUUCGUCUGAAGAAGUCACCUAAGCUGCCCCCGAAAGAGAAGAAGGAAAAGGACAAGAGGAGAGUGGAGCAGUUUAGGAUCAUUUCGCCAGACGGCUACGUAAGAACGCGCAGAAGGAGCUCCCAGCUCUCAUCCUCAUCAAACGAGAAACCAAAGCUAAGCAGAGAGGAAAGGUUAACAACUAGGACAAGAGGCGUAGAUCCCAGCCCCCCAUCAAGCGAUGCGGGGACAGUCGCCAUGUCAGACGUUCCUUCGUCAGUGAUAUCAGACUGCAUUAUCGAAGAGACCCCGCAACAAGUCGCCAGAUCAAUCGUCAGCAACCCCGCUCCAUCACCGCCGCCGCCUCCACCAGCAGUCCAAGCACCAGCAGUCCAAGCACUGGUAGCCCAAGCACCGGUAGCCCGAGCUCCAGUAGCCCAAGCCCCGGUAGCUCAAGUUCCUGUAGUCCAAGCCCCGAUAAUCCAAUCCUCGCUAGUCCGUAACCCGCCUGCGCCAUACAGUGUGCCAUACAAAGUAGUCAUUGAUGAAGACGCAGCGGAGGCUGAGAAAAGUAAAGAGGAGGAAAGUGCUCCGCCGCCAGAGGAAGCACCGGCUCCACCAGAGACAGCACCAGCAGACCCUCCAGCAGACCCUCCAUCUGAAGUUCCUGCUGAGCCUCCUGCCGACGCUCCCCCUGAGGCACCUGCAGAAGCACAAGAACCCGUACCAGAGGAUCCACCAAAGCCUGAAGAGCCUGCUGCACCGGAAUCUGAACCUGAACCUGCCGAGCCUGUACCUGCUGAUGAAGCCCCAGAGCCGGUGCCAGAUGAACCGGCCGCCGCUGAGCCUGCUGAGGCUCCAGAGCCAGAGUCGGAGCCCGCACCUGAAUCAGCAGCAGAGGCAGAGGCAGAGGCAGAGGCAGCACCAGAGGCAGCACCUGAAGCAGAAUCAGAACCGGCACCUGAGGCGGAGUCUGAUCCAGCACCCGAACCACCAUCUGAACCAGCACCUGAGCCAUCAGCAGAACCAGCACCGGAAGUCGAGGCAGAGCCAACACCUGAGCCGGCAACAGAGCCAGCUCCAGAACCUAUUUCGGAGCCUGCACCCGAGCCAGCCGAAGCCCCCUCUGUCGAAAUGGAUAGGGCUGAGCCCGAGGCUGAGGCUCCUGUCGAGGAUUCAUCCGAACCACAAGACGACUCAAUCGAGACAACCGAGCCUGCCGAAGAUGCUGCCACUGGUGAUGAGACAGUACCGGAUUCUGAAGACGCUAUUGCAGUAGAGGAACAAGCCGAAGCUCAAGAAGCUGUUGCCACUGACGAAGAGCCUCCAGUGGAGAGCCCAAGUCAGGCAGCUGAAGCAGCUUCCACUGUCGACGAGAUCCCUGCUAGUGACGAAGCGCCAGCCGUUGAUGAGACCCCCACUGACGAAACGCCGGCCAUCGAGGAGACCCCUGUUGCGGCUGACGAAGAGGUACCGACAGCCGAGCAAACCCCUGCUCUAGAAGGUUCGCCUAGUGCCUCGGCAGAUGCCGCCGUUUCACCAGAGACACCGGCUGCCCUAGAAGACCCUGCUGUCGACGAGGUUCCGGUCACCGAAGAUGCUCCUGCUGUGGAAGUUGUGCCCGUUCCUGUCGACGCGGCUACCGAGGACGUAGCACCGCCGCCGGUCGCCAUGGAAGAAGCUGCUGUCGAGGAAACCCCUGCUGCCGAAGCACCUGCUAUUCCCGAAGAGGCUCCUGUGGCUGAGGAACCUUCUUCUGUUAGUGAGGAGGUUCCUACACCUGAAGAGGUACCUACAACUGAAGAGCCUGCUGCUGAAGAGCCUGCUGCUGAAGAGGCUCCUGUUGCAGAGGCUCCUGUUGAGGUCCCUGCUGAAGAGACCCCUUCUGAAGAGACUCCAGCAAUUGAAGAAGCAACUGCAACUGAAGAGGUUCCUCCCGCCGAGGUUCCUGUUAGUGAAGAAGCUCCUGUUGAUGCUCCUGUUGAGCCAAGCGUCGCUGAAGCACCCUCGAGUACAGAGCCAUGCUCUGAAGAGCUUCCUGCAAAUGGCAAAGAGGUUAUAGUGGAGAGAUCACAAGAGACCGAAGCAGAAACUUCAGAGGUGGAAGAUGUUGCAGCGCAAAGCGAGGUCGAAGCCGCUCCUCCGGCCCCAGCCCCAACUGAUAGCAAUGAAGUGGAAGCAGAGGUGGGCUCCAAUGGACCAAGCGCUGAUGCAGCACCUGAUGCUGAGUCUAUCGAUGCCCCCGCACCUGCAGACGCCGUGAAUACAACCGAAGCCGACACAAGAUGCGAAGAUGUCGGCGAAGGUUCUCAAGUCGACGAAGCUAUACUGGCCGCGCAGGAAGACGAGGCUGCCAUGGAGGAGGAAAACGCGGACGACGGCAGUGUUGCUCGCAACGACAAGGAAGAGUUCUCUGACGACGACAUGAUUGAUGACACGAUGGAUGACAUGAUUGGCGACGACUCCGAGGUGGAUGUCUCGGACUGGGAAAAAGAGGACGACGAUUCAUGGCAGUGCGAUGCGAAUGAAAGCGACUCGUCUGAACAUGAUGAUGCUGAUGCGCCCAGUACAUGGCGAAGCUCGAUCGAACUCAGCCGCGACGACAUGGACAAGUCAGAGCCCCCACCGGCUGACGAGACUGUCGAGGUGUUUGCAGUGCAGGCAGACAGCACCGGUCCCGAGGAUGCACACGAGACGGCCGACGCCGCGCAAGGAUGCAGUGCGGGUAGUGCUGGCGCGGAUGCAGCAGAGGAGACAUGCACAGCUGCUCCGAGCGCUGGUGUCGGUGAGGAUGCGCCGGCCUUGGGCUCGGAGGCUGGGACGGCCAGCGACAGCGCAACGGGGUCAGAUGACGCGGGGAGCGCAUGCGAGGCAGCAGACGCCGCUGCUCCUGCUUUAUCCCCAGCCCACCACACGCCCGGCGAGUCCGGCCCAACCACCCUCGUUGACGGCACAGGUGAAGUGAGCCCACCAUCGGCCUCAGAAGAGGCUGGCACAGACGCACCCACUGAACCACCCGCCGCCGACGACACUCCUGCUGAGGACGCCCCCAAGGACCCUGCCCUUGCCGACCCCUUGCCGGAAACGAUCCAUCAAGAUGUCAUAGCACCAGACCCAGCACCAGCAGAAAGCGAACAAAGCCCUGCUCCAGACAUGCCGGCCAGCGCGGUGUCCGACUCGGGUGCUUCCGAACUCAGCUCUUCAGUCGUGUCUCACCAACCCGACCUUGUCAUGAAGGGCAACGCAGCACCAGCACCCCAGGAACAAGUAGCGGGCGAGCCAGAAUAUGACACGGGAAGUGAGCCCGAGUCUGACGACGACGACUGGUCUGGGUCUGAAGUGUCAUCCCUCUCGCCUGUUGUAGAUGGAUCCGAGGCUGGCGACGCACCCGUCUCCGAACCAGCUCUGAGUGAGCAUGGCCAACUCGAAGACGAGGCCCACGAGCAAGAUGCCCCUCCAGCCAUUGAAGAGCCCCAAGCUCCACUUGAAGCUCAGGCUGAGGAUGGUGUUGACCAGAGUCUUGUAGGCUCGGCCUCUGAGGUGUCGGUAGCAGCCGAGCAGGAAGAGGGUGAAUCUAGCUUGGUUGAAGAUGACAACCAAACUGUGGCUGAAGAUGCUAUUGCCUCCGAGCCGCCUGCAGAGCCCGCCCCGACUGAGAAUCCCGAAGCUGAGGCCAUUCCUGAGGUUGUUCCUGAGGUCAGCCCUGAGGUCGUCCCUGAGGUCAGCCCUGAGGUCAGCCCUGAGGUCGCCCCUGAAGCUGAGGUCGUUCCUGAAGCUGAGGCCGUUCCUGAAGCUGAGGCCGUUCCUGAAGCCGAGGCCGUUCCUGAAGCCGAGGCCAUUCCUGAAGCUGAGGCGGCGCCUUCCGAGCCUGAAGACGGCUCCGAAGCCGAUUCAGAAAGCUGGGCUGGGGAUAACGCUGAGGCCCCUGCCGAUGAAGACUCCAUGGUGUCUUCGCAAGGCUCAGAGGAUGCACAGGAAGAUGCAGCUGUUAAUGUAGAGGCUGCUGAGCCACAGGAUGCCCCUCAACCAGCAGAGGAAGCACCUCAAGAAGAAGAGGAAGAGGAAGAGGAGGAAGAGGAUGAUGCAUCCUGGGGAAGUGAGAAUGAGAGCGACGCUGAAGCUGAAGCUGGAGAAAUCGAAGCGGAACCAGAAGCUCCAAGCGAAGCACCUGAGGUCGACGCUGCUUCAACUGCAGAUGGAGCCGAUGAGGUUGACGUUGCUCCAGCAGAGGCAGAAGUCCAGCCGGUCGAGGAGACUGCUGAUUCGGAGCCCCAAGCACCUGAGCCACAGGAACCCUCCGCGGACGUGGAAGAAGUGCAAGAUGCUCAAGAAUCAGACCCGCCUGCUCCGGCACCCGAAGACGCGGCCGUUGUGGAUGUGGCCCCUGCAGACGAAAUUCAUGAAGAGGAACACGACCACGAAGAGCUAGCUGAGGAUAGCGCAGCUGUUGAUGCAGAUGCUGACCCAGCUCCCGUCGAAGAGCCCGAGGUGGUAGAGCUUGCCCCACCUGCCGAGGAUGACUCAGCAGAGCCAGCUCCGGAGGAAACCGCAUCAGUCGACGAAUCGCCAUCUGUAUCGGAAGAUGAUGAAUCACUGGUAGAAGAGGUCGCCCCGGUUGCUGAAGAGGUUGCAGUGGUGGAAAGCGAGCCUGCCGAGGUACUUCCUGAACUAGUGGAGGCAGCCCCCGAACCAGUGGAGGCACUUGUUGAGCCAGUGGAGGCAGCUGAGCCAGUUGCGGAGGUCAUUGAAGAACAGGAGCCUCCCGUUGAAGAAGCUCCUCCAGCAGCAGAGCCGGACCCAGAGCCUGUUGAGACUCUUGUAGAAGCGCAGCCUGAAGAGGAGUCUCUGCCAGUACCUGAAGAAGAGCCACAGGCAGACCCCGAAGAUGCACCAGAAGAGGUGGCAGAACCUGAGCCAGCGCCUGCAGAGCCUGAGCCAGCGCCUGCGGAGCCUGAGCCAGCACCUGCAGAGCCUGAACCUGCGCCUGCAGAGCCUGAACCUGAAUCCACAGAGCCCGAGCCAGCACCUGAAGCAGAUGCUAUUCCAGCGGAGGAGCCUGAAGCUGUUGAAGCUCCUGAGCCGUCUCCUCUGGAAGAGGCCGCGCCUGUUGAACCAGCUCCGGAGCCUGAGGCGGAGCCAGAACCAACACCUGAACCAGCAGCCGAGCCAGAACCGAUACCAGAACCAGUGGUCGAGCCAGAGCCGGAGCCAGCCGCUGAGCCAGAGCCAGAGCCAGAGCCAGAGGCCGAGCCAGAGCCAGUACCGGAACCAACACCAGAACCAGCAGCCGAGCCAGAACCAGCACCAGAGGCGGAACCAGAGCCAGCACCAGAGCCCGAGCCCGAGCCAGAACCGGAGGCAGAGCCCGAGCCUGCACCGACUGAGCCGAAUUUGGAGCCAGAGCCAGAGCCAGAGCCAGAGCCAGUACCAGCCGAGCCAAUUGCCGAUGCGGGUGUAGAUGCGCCAGUCCCAGAACCACAGGCUGAACCGCUGGAGGAGGUGACGGAGGCAGCCAAUGAAGAAGUUGUGGAUGACGUCGCACCUGUGGAGCGGUCACCCGAUGUUGAUGAGGAUUCGAAUCAGCUCCCAUCAUUUGUCGCGCCCGCGGCUGCUGCUGCGGCAGUGGCAGUAGGAGCAGGAGCAGCCGCCAUUAUCGCCUCCGACAAGCAUGCUGAGCAUUCUGCAUCCAGAGAACGCGAUUUUGCAAUCGACGACGAGGUCGCAGCUGAGCCUCAUGUCCGGGAGAAGCCUCGUCGACGUCACUCGCACGCUCACCGUGAUGGUCACCACCAUUCAAGUCGUAGACGCGAAAGUGAAGCUAGUACUAGGGAGCGCCCAGUCAUGGCUCCACCAGAGAUUCCUGGCGCGCUAAAGACUAAGCGUCGCGAUAGCAUGAACGAACGCGAGGCGGAGCGAAGGAGGGAACGAUUACGUGAGGCUGAGAAAUCUGGCAGUGUCAGUGACAGGGAGAAAGCCUAUCCCGAGUAUCGAUCUCGCCGCCGUGACAGCAGGAGCGAUGAAAGGCACAGUAAGCGCCGGCCCAUUGAAGAAAAGGAAGACGAUGCCGAGAGACAAAGGCGGCGUGAGGCUCGCAGAGCUGAGAAGGAGCGACUCGCUGCAGCAGAUGCCGCUAGGCUCAAAGCCGAAGAGGAAGCUAGAAAACUAGAGCACCGUGAGCGACGCCGUGCAGUCAAGCGAGCAGAGGAAGAGCUUGUCAGGGCGGUCGAGGAACGCCGAAGGCUCAAGGAAGAGAAGAAGCACGCUAUUGAAGAAGAGGAGAGGCGACUUCGACACGAAAAGCGGCGCCAGAGGCACGAGGCCGAAAAGGAGGCCAGACGUUUGGAACAGCAGAAGAUUGAACAGGCCGCACGUGAAGAGGAGGAGGCUAGGAGGCUUCGACGGCAAAAGAGGGCAGAGCGUGAGGCUGCGAAACUAGCAGCUUUACAUCAUGAAGAGUACAUUGAGCCAUCUCGUGAUACGGCUAGACGUGCUGCAGAACAUUAUGACGAGCCGUCGUCACCCCCUCCUCUACCACCCCUAGCCGAUGAUACCCCGCCUCGCAGUACACCGCGAAGACGCCUGAGCACCCGAGAGACGACACCUAAUGUCAAGCGUGCCGGCAUUUUCGGUGGCCUUUUCGGUCGUACGAAAACUGACGCUCCUCCGCCACCCGUGUCGAAACCUGUCCGGUCGUCAACUCGCGCACGUGCGAAUACGCUAGAGGGUCCUGUCAGAGUUCCAAGAAGGGAUCUCGAGGUAGACAGCUCACCCAAUAGGGAUCUUUCUUCUAACAACGAAAGCCGCGACCGAGCCGAACGUCCUCAUCGUAGUCGGCGCCACUCACACCAACGUCGGCAGUUUGCGUCUCCUGAAGAAGAAGCUGAGUACUACAGGUGGAAAGAAGAGCGGCGUUAUAUGCGCCGUCCAGAACAUGAGAUGUCUGGUGGUAGGGAUGGAAUUCAUCCCCCGGCCUUUGACGAUCUUCCACCGCCGCCACCACCACCCGAGCCCUUUGAAGACGAGCUUGAACCCGAGUCACUCGAGUACGCCGAGUCGCCGUUCAUUGAAGAUGCAGCUGCAGUAGUUGGGGUAGCGUCGUACUCGGACGAAGAGCGACGCGAGCGUCGGCGCAAUAGGCGCAUGUCCAAGCCGGAAGAACGCCCCAAGUCACGUCGCAUCUCGGUCACUGAGAAGGAGCGGCCAUCUGGUCGCCGCACCGAGACUGAUCGUACUGACCGUACACGAGCCCGAGACCGCGGCGAAGAGCGCCCACGCGCCAGGCGAGGCGAGACGGAGCGUCGGGACCGAAGGAAGAAGAAGGAAGAGACAAGCGGUCUCAAGGGACUAUUUGGAGGAUUGAAGAAGAGGAUUGCUUAACUUCAUUGUACAUUGGAAAGAAAAAUAUUUAUCAUGAGAAAGGAUUCUUCACGGAACGGCAAGGAGUUAAUGGAUCUGCGGGAUUGCUCUAUACCAUUGAAAGGAACUCAUACAAUAGGUGUUUCUGGAGUUUUGGGCGAGGACGGGCAUGGAGCGGCGUUUGUGUAAUACUACUUGUAUCCUUUUCUCUCUCUUUUUUUACUCUUCACCAGUUUUCCUUAGACCACUUAACAAGCGCUCGCAAGAGACACUACGUAUACUUUUUUGUAACUCCCGGAGACGUAGCCUAUUUACGAUAAAGUACGAAAUGACGAAUC